GAUGGUUUUUGGCACAUUGUCUCUUAUUUAUGUUUCCAAAAGUAUGACUAUGUCAGGCUGGUGUUUGAUUAGUCUGUGAGAGACCUCUCCUAAUUUUGGCACUAACCCCCAGAUGUUAGUAAGAAGGACCUUGCAGGCUUGACAGGGCUGUUUUAGCCACUGCUCGUGCAGUGCCUAGGUCAAUGCCUGCCGGUCUGUCCAGUUUUAAUGAUUUGUUGGGACUUUGUAGCGAUUACUAUAACCCAGGGGCUUGCUAGGCCGUUUCAGAGGGCACCUGAGAGUCAAGCACAUUGCUGCGGCUCUAAACUCACAUGUAGAUCAGACCAGUUACUCUCUGUCCGAUCCCCGGGGAGCGGCCCCUACCCCCGGGGCGGGAGUGAACAGGAGGCUGGGCCCAAGGCCCCGGGCUCCGCCCAGCUCUCAGGCGGCCCUGGGAGGUGGGCCGUUGGGCUGACGGGCGGCGGCGGGCGGAUGGCGGACAACUGGGGCCGCGCGAGCCCGAACGGGAGCCCGAGCCCGAGCUCGAGCCGCGAGAAGGCGGCGGCGGCGGGGGGUCAUCGCCGGCAUCUGGGCCAUGGGCACCGCCUGAGGAAAGUGACCCUGAGCAAACCGACCUUCUGUCAGCACUGCACCGACUUCAUCUGGGGGCUCGGCGGCUUCGAGUGCGACCUUUGUAACUUCAUGUGCCAUGAGAAAUGCCUAAGAAAUGUGAAGACCCUUUGUUCCUGUUUGGCACCAAACCUGGUACAGAUUCCUGUGGCACAUUGCCUUGGAGUUCCUGCACAGUACAAGAAGAAAUUUUGUGCUGUAUGUAGAAGACAGUUGGAAGAGAGUCUUGCAACACGAUGUGAAGUGUGCGAGCUACAUGUCCAUGUUGACUGUGGCCCCUUUGCUUGCAGUGAUUGUCGGCGAUGUCACCAGGAUGGACAGUAUGAUCGGGAAUCUUAUCACCAUCACUGGAGAGAAGGAAAUCUCUCCACCGCUGCGCGCUGUGAUGUCUGUAAGAAGUCAUGUGGUUCUUCAGAAGUGUUAUCAGGCAUUAGAUGUGAAUGGUGUGGGAUAACAGUUCAUGCUGACUGCUACAGUAGCCUCACACCAGAAUGCAAUUUUGGAAGGUUGCGGAAGAUGAUAUUGCCUCCAAAUUGUGUGCGUGUUUGUGUGCGCAAUUUCACUAAGUUCCACUGUUUUCGGAUAUCAGAAAAUGCACAAAUUGAAUCAGUUGCUGAUGAAACUGAUGAUGAUCAUAUCAAUAUGUGGAAUCAAGCAUCAUAUAAAGAUGCACAUUCUGCUUCCACAACUGAUUCAGGCAAACAAAGUCUCAAGAUAUUUGAUGGAAGUGAUGCAGUGAAGCGGAAUCAAUUUCGACUAAUUACUGUUCCUCGAAUUUCAAAAACAGAAGAAGCAGUGGAAGCUGCACUGAGAGCGUACUACAUUCCAGAUGAUCCUCAGGAAUAUGAGCUCCAAACGUUUACCCAAGAUUCUCUCUACAGUGAUGACAUCAUUAACCGAAAUGGAGGCUGGAUGGAAAGCAAAAAUUUGUCAGUGUUCCGAGAUACAAUCCCUGAGGCAUGGAUCCUACGGGCAAAGCCAAGAGAUUGCGAAAUAGUCAAAAUUUAUCCAGGAUGGUUAAAAUUUGGAGUAGCUUAUAUCUCCAUUCCUGUAAAUAUCGAGACAACAGUCAAAGCCAUUAUCCAGGAAGUCCUUUUGCAACUGGGACGACAGGAUGAAAAUAUUGAAGAUUUUGAAUUGGUUGAGGUAGUUAUGGGUUGUAAACAAGUGCAGUGUGUGGUGCUUUCUCAACUGGAACUGAUGCUUGGUAGACUUCAAAAUAUUCGAAAGAUUUCAGUUCGACAAAUGAACCAAACACGGUUUUAUAUCAAAAAGAAGCAAAACUCAAUGGAACAAGUGAAUCUGCUGCUUAUGGGUCUUCCUCCUCAGAUGGCUCGGGAUGAGUGCCUGUCACUCCUUCAAAGACACAUAGAGAUCAAUGGGAAUUUGGUAUCCUUUGGUUAUGUUUACAUGGACCAAGGUGCUGUAGUGCUGGAAUUCUCAUGUUUUGAUGAAGCAGAGAGGAUUUAUACACAAGUUAAAGAUACUACUGUCAAUGACAGACACCUCACAACAGUUAUAAUCCCAGUCAUUGAGGUCACACAGCUACCACAAGAUUCUUACCCUCUCCUUCUGUUUGUUAAUCCAAAGAGUGGAGCCCUUAAAGGGCGAGAACUUCUGUACAGCUUCCGGAAGCUUCUGAAUCCCCAUCAGGUUUUUGACCUUUCUAAUGGAGGGCCUCUAUCUGGGCUGCAUACAUUCCGAGAAGUUCCGUAUUUCCGCAUAUUGGUUUGCGGAGGAGAUGGAACAGUUGGUUGGGUUCUGGGUGUGCUGGAAGAGAUUCGACACAAGCUGAACUGUCCUGUGCCUCCAGUUGCAGUGCUCCCUUUAGGAACAGGCAAUGACCUAGCAAGGGUGUUACGUUGGGGACCUGGCUACAGUGGUGAGGAUCCCUUCUCCAUUCUGGUUGCAGUUGAUGAAGCAGAAGAAGUCCUUAUGGAUCGUUGGACAAUCCUCCUUGAUGCUCAAGAAGUUGUUGAUGGGUCUGAAAAUGGUGUCCCAGAGUUGGAACCACCAAAGAUUGUACAAAUGAACAAUUAUUGUGGAAUUGGAAUUGAUGCAGAACUGAGUCUUGACUUCCAUCAAGCAAGGGAAGAAGAUCCAGACAAGUUCAAUAGCAGGUUUCAUAACAAAGGAGUUUAUGUAAAAGUUGGGUUACAGAAGAUUAGUCACACACGUAGUCUGCACAAGGAUUUAAAGCUUCAAGUAGACGAUCAUGAAGUGGCACUUCCAAAUAUUGAAGGCCUAAUCUUUCUGAACAUUCCCAGCUGGGGAUCUGGAGCAGAUCUAUGGGGAUCUGACAGUGAUGGUCGUUUUGAAAGACCCCGAAUUGAUGAUGGGAUGCUGGAAGUAGUUGGUGUCACUGGUGUGGUACAUAUGGGCCAGGUGCAAAGUGGAUUACGGUCUGGAAUCCGUAUUGCACAGGGAACAUAUUUCCGAGUUACGCUGCUGAAAGCAAUUCCUGUACAAGUGGAUGGAGAACCUUGGAUUCAGUCACCAGGGCAUAUUAUUAUAUCUGCUGCUGGGCCGAAGGUUCAUAUGUUGAAAAAAUGUAAACAAAAACAGAAGAAGCAAAUUGGGAGCCUCAAGGAUGCAAGAGCAGAGAGUCUGGUCAGCUCAGAAAUGGGCAACUGAGGAGUGAUAACAGCAAUUUAGAAAGGACUUGCAAUGUGACCGCGAAGAUCAAGAGAUGGUUUGCUGAAUCGUUUUAAGUUUGCAAUUAAAUUCUUUUUGGCAUUUAUUUGCACAUUUUUGUGAGACAGUAUAGCAGUUCUGAUAUUGCACUGUUAGUGAUUUCAGGCAUGUGCCAAAAUAACAGUUAAAUAAUUUAACCAAAACAUUCCUCCAUGUUCAGUAGGUUGAACUGUAGAAUUGCUAUCAAAAUAAGGGCCAAUAAACAGAAACGUACUUUUAUUUAUGUGCAGAAAAUGCCUUAUUGUUCCCACUUCAAGGGGCUGCUAUGGACUGAGUGCUGGUUUUCACUGCUCUCAGUUUCGAGCUCUCCUGACCUAUUCCACCUAAUGUCAUUCAGCUAAACAUACAAGAAUCAUAAUGAACAGAAGGUUUAACAGGGGCUAGGGCUCGGGACCAUUUGUAUUCCAAGCUGUUAGUGCUAAUCUUUUAUUUUGAAACAUUACCCGAAUUGGAUUAGAGUGUCAUCUAAUUCAGAUUCAGAUAUGAUCCCCUGAAAAAAAUUUGGAUUCCUACAAAUAUUCUCAACUGACAUCUUUAAGUAAAAAGACAUUUCAAGUUGUUUACUUUUGAUCUUUUUAGUACACAGCAGAUAUUUUGAACUUGUUAACACAGAUUAGAUUGGUUACAGGUUACUUUGCAAUAAAUAUUUUGAGACAGAAAACUGUUUUAUGCAAAAACAUUCAGGGAAAUAUUGGAUUUAUAUGUGGAAGCAAUGACAUAUUGGUUCACUAUCUAUUAGGAGCAUAUUAUUGUAAUUGGAAAUUAAAGUCAUCUUUCAAGAAAAUAGAUUUAAUAUACGUUAAUCCAUUGAUUCUAUAAAAUAUGAAUAAUCAGUAAUUGGUGAAUACACCUGGCAGUAUACUUGGAUGUGUGCAGCCAACUUGCUUCCAUUUGCAUGAGAAUUUCAGAUCCAAUUUGAUGGAACCACAGUUUUCUCUAAAGUUGCAAUUAAACACACAAAUCAAAUUGUUCCUUAACCAGCUGUGUUCUUAUCUGAGGAAUUUUUAUCAUUCUUUACAGCCUGUACCUCCCUUCACCGAUAAUAGGUAUUAGUGAAAUGUACCUUACAGUUCAUUGGUUUUUAAAUACAAUGCCAUUGUGUAAUAGUUAAUAGUAAUAUUUUACCUCAGGAACUAAGUUGGACAAUAUUAAUUUUCUCAUUAAUUGUUAAGCAUAGCUUUAUGAAAGCCAUACAGGUUUAUAUCAGCUGAAUGGAAUAAGCCAUUCAAAUCUAUUUCCUGAUUGAAGAUUUUGUUAGUCACAUGUUUACUAAAGUGGAAACUUUGCUGGGUAUACAUGUCCUGAAGAAAAUCGGACUAAUUCUGAAUGAGCAGCAGGUUAUUAUAACCUUUAAUUAUAUUUUUGUCCAACUAAACCCAGUGUAAAUAUACCAAAAGGUGACUAUUGCUGAUUAUAAUAUCAUGUCUAAAAUAUUAAUAUAUCUUGAUUCAUCUUAUAAAUUGCAUUGUAUACAUGUAUGGGGUUGGUAGCAUCAAAACUAGUGUUUUCAAAAAGCUAAUGUGAAUAUUUUGGUUCUUUGAAAACUGGAAGCCAAUGAAGAGAAACAGUUAACUGAAGUGACAUCACAGGCUUUAAAUUUCAAUUUGUAUUAAAUGCUUGCCACCCAGAUUGAGAAUGAAAUCUGUUUCGGAAGAUGUAAGCACGAAUAUAUUGUAAUAAAUAUCACCACUAGCACAAUUGGCAUUUUUAAACCUUUUAGGGAGAAAUGUAGGGACUAGUAAACAAUCAUACUGAAAAUGUACAUUUUAAUAGUACAAUCCUGCUUAAUUAAGUUCACGCCAGACAGAACUAAAAUAACAUACUGCAUAUUACAACAAUUUGACUUAAUUUCCAGAUUCGUUAUUCACCUUAAUUUAAGUUUCUCUAGCUGUAGGAAAGAAUAUGAUUUUCAGCAUAAAUUUCCAGUUACAUUGGAUUCAGUAUGAUCUGUGGUUUAAUUCUAAAGCUUGUACAUUUGAAAUCUUCAUUUUCCACUAAAGUUGAUUCUACUUUUUCUAUGAACUAUAAUGUAUGUAGCUAAAUUAAUGAAAAUUAAGUUCUUUGAUAGGUGUGACUGGAGUGAUUAAUCCUAAUUAGCAGUUCAUAGUAAAUUCACUACUUUAAACACUUUACAAUUUUCCACGAGAGAAAUAUUACAAGAAAUUGACUCUUUCCUAUGAUGAAAUCCAGGGUUAGCAGUUCUUUCGAACUGCAAUGCUUCCAUUUAUGAGAAAUUAUAGCCAUUGGAAAACAUGAAUUUUUUUUUGUUCCAAAGUGUUUACGUUUUAAAAUUCUACAGUUAUAUUUUGAUAAUAUUCCUGCGUUUUGAAAAAUAUUGGUUAAAUAUUUGUACCUUUUGACAGAAGCAAUUUUAUUUUAUGUUAUUUAAUACUUUGUGAAUUAACGUAUGAUAAUAUUUUCAUUUUCCUCAGAAUAAUACUUGUAUACCAACUUUUUGUAGAAGUACUUUAUCUAGAUACACAAAGAUAUUGGUUUGGUAGUUUAUAGUACAACACUUCAUGAAUCCAACACAUUUUUGUAACCACACACUCACCAACUCUCAGUUUGAUUUUGGAGAUUGAGUAUUUACAUACCACCUCAGUCUUGCAGGAUUUACACAUUUUUCUGGUAAAAGGGAAAAAAUAAGUUUUUUAACUGGUCAAUUAAGAGAGGCAACUAACACUUUGAGUUUAAACAAAAAGCAUGGGAAUGGGCCUGUUUUCCAAUAUAUCAAAGCUUGUAAUUACUCCAACUAGCAGCCUAACUGACAGUUCUUUCUUUUUAGUUGCUAAUUUCCAGGAUUGACCUAAACUUAGCCUUUUGUUUCUGACUUGACUUAAAACAUCUGGGUAUCAACUGCCAACUUGACUCACCGAUCAAUUAAAAAGCAUGAAAUUGAGGGAGAGAGAGAUAGUAAAUCUUCCCUCAUCAUCCACAUAUUUUUCCAAAAUUUAAUAUGACACCUCUGCAUCAUUUUUAUUGUAGAAAAAUGACACCCCUUCUCUGUAGUUGGAUGUAACUUUAUUAUUGUAAGAUGGCUACAUCACAACCAAGUUGUGUUUAUUAUGUUCAAGCAUUAAACAGUAAAUGUAAAACUAUACUUCUAUUUUAUAGCUCAUACCAGAUGAUGUUUAAAAUUAAGAAUAUUUCCAUUGUAUCCCUGUAAUUUUAAUGUGAUGUCGUAUUUUGCAUAGAAGCUGUCAUAACCUACUCAUUUGUCAGAUUCUAUAGGAUUAUUAAGAGGUCAUUGAAAAGUUAAUCUCUAAUCAAAGUGCCAUUGUUUUCCAUACACCAAUAAUUCUGGAGUCAGCUAAUGAAAUAAUUGCAGACAGCUGUCAGAUCGGUAGCAAAUUCCUUUUGCUUUCUUAAAACUCCUAAGAUCCAGUUUAACUUGUUCAGUUGUUCAGACUUUUUGAGUUUGUAUGUUCAAAAUGCCUGUUAAAAGUGUGAGAUAUGCACAUAUUUACUUACUGUUUACUGGUGAUGAUUUUAUCUUUGGCUUAUGUAAUGAUAGCUUCAUAUAAUGUUAGUUUUCAAAAUUGUUUUGUAGACCAAAACCAUUGGGAAUGUUUCUUGUACAUAAUAUGUUGUGUUCAAUGUGGUUACUAUACUGUGCAAGUAUUGACCUCAUCAGAUUCUCCUCAUUCUACUAUUAAUUGCUCUGAGCUGGAGUGCUAUGUUAAUAUACAGCAGUUGUGUAUAUUUUGAUAUUAGAGUAAACGGGUUACUGUUGUGCUAUUAAAAAAAACAUAAUCAAUUAA